GCAUGCUCAAAAUCUGGUGUUAGGUAGAUGUACUAUCUCGGGUUUACGCCCAGUAUUACGCUCCUUUGUGAAACGCGAUUUAUGCCGGCCUAAAAUUUGGCGUAAAUCAGUUACUCGGCCUAAGUUACGCCCUGAAUUUACACCUCUUUCUGAAACGGGCCUCUGGUAUUUAAAUCACGUGACUAGACAAUAUCGGGGUAUUUUACUCCCGGACGACUUGGCAGAAGAACAAAUAUCAACAUACAAUCAAGGAGGCCAUGUUUGAUUUACAGACAUUGUGAUCUAUUCAUGUGACCCAGACACCAGACAUGCACCCCCAGCGCAGUGCCCAGAACGUCUUACUGUGUGAUUCCUGUGAAACUGUCCCCCUACAGAGCCACUGUGAACUUUGUAAUAUAAAUCUAUGUACUACUUGUGUCAGUAAACACCUCUCGGAUUCCUCUAAAAGACACAAUGUCGUACCCUAUUUACACAGAAAGUCUGCUACUAACCAUCCAAAAUGUCCAACGCAUGUCGACAAACACUGCGAACUUUUCUGCGAGAAAUGCGGCAUUCCUGUCUGUUCUACCUGCGUCUCAUCUGGUGAACACAAAGGUCACGAUAUAUCAGAAGUUCUGAUAAAAUUCGAAUCUAUAACACAAAGCUUACAAAAAGAUUUGGAAGAACUAGAGACCAGAAUAUAUCCCCGAUAUGAAGAGAUUGCCUCCGAUGUCCAGACUGAGAAAGCGGAGUUAAAAACGAGUUACGGUAAAUUGACAACAGCUGCCGAUCAACGUGGAGAAGUCUGGCACCUAGAGGUCACCGCCAUUGUCAAGAAACGAAAAUCUGACAUUGAGGAAAUGAAAAGUAAACACUUGGCUGUUCUAGAAAAACAAUCCAAUGAAAUUACACAGAGAAUUACAGAACUAAAACAGAUAAUUCAGGACCUAAGGAAAAUAUUAAACUCCAAUGACGUCUCCCUAGCGUCUACCUACGCAUCUAGGAAUAGCGAGUUCCGACAAUUACCUCCUAAAGUCAAAGUUAAAUUACCAAGCUUCUCUCCUUCAACAAUAGAUACAGAACAGCUCUAUCAAAUGUUUGGUUCUUUCUCGUCAUUAACUAUUACUAAAGAACAAGAGUACACAAUGAAGUCACCAGAAGCUGUAUCGCGUCCUCCAGUUAAGCUGCUGAUCGGUGAACCACGACUCACUGCCACCAUAGACACUGGGUAUAGGGAUCUAUUCAGUGCUAGCUGUCUCAGUGACGAACAAGUCUGGACAUGUGGGGAUGACAAAAUGAUGGAGCUCCUCAACCUCCAAGGUAAACUUCUAACAUCAAUACAAACCGAGUCAGGAAAAAUACCAGAUGACAUAGCAGUGACACGGGACGGAGAUCUUGUUUAUACGGACUAUAUUAAUAAAACUGUAAACCUCGUGAAGAAUAAACAGAUACAGGCCGUGAUCACACUACAGGGUUGGAGACCUCUCAAUGUUUGCUGCACCUCUUCUGAUGAGCUCCUGGUUACCAUGAUCAGUGAUGAUUACAAUCAGUCCAAAGUUGUGCGUUACUCUGGCUCCACAGAGACACAAACCAUUCAGCUUGAUGGUCAGGGCUGUCCUCUCUAUUCAUCUGACAGUUACAGCAAAUACAUCAGUGAGAACAGAAACCUCGAUAUCUGUGUCGCCGACAAUAAAGCUAAAGCAGUAGUGGUGGUCAAUCAGUCAGGAAAAUUCCGAUUUCGAUACACUGGUCAUUCCUCGAAUACCAAGAAAUUAUUUUAUGCGCUCGGUAUCACUAGCAAGGAAUCAUUUGAUCCACGCGGCAUCACUACAGACAGCCAGAGUCAUAUCCUGACAGCAGACUAUAGAAAUCACCGUAUCCACAUCCUAAAUCAGGACGGACGGUUUCUCCGUUACAUUCAGAAUUGUGAUUUACGCUGCCCAUGGGGUUUAUGUGUGGACAUCAGAGACAACCUCUUUGUGGCUGAGAACACCAUGUUAAGUCCUAAAGUGAAGAAAAUCCAAUAUCUAUAAAAUACAGUGUUACUUAUAGUGUUAAUUACCAAACUAAACACUCUGCUAAUCACACACCGGAACACCGUGUUGAUUACAUAAAUAUACAUGUACAGUGUUAAUUACAGAAGUAUCUGAUAUGUAUAACUAAAAUUGGUAUUACACAGUAAAUGUCUGUGGGUUUUUUGUUGUAUUUUAUAUGCAUUGAGCUGUUGAUAGAUAGCUCUUCUGUUUGUUUAUCAUAACUUUUAAUGUGGUAGUACAAAUCUAUUCUUUUUUAUUAGCUCAUCUGAGCUGAAAGCUCAAGUCAGCUAUUCUGAUCGCCUGUUGUCCACCGUCUGUCUGUAAACUUUUUACAUUUUCGACUUCUUCUCCAGAACCACUGAGCCAAUUUCAACCAAACUUGGCCAAAAGCAUCCUUGGGCCAAAGAAGUUGACAUUUACAUGAAAGCUUUCUGACAUAAUGUAGAUUCAAGUUUGGAAAAUUCAUGGCCUCCAGGGGUAGGUUGGGGCCAUAAUAGGGACUAAGGUUUUACAUGCAAAUAUGUAUGGAAAGUCUUCAGAUAUGGGCCAAGGUGACUCAGGUGAGCGAUGUGGCCCAUGGGCUUCUUGUUUCGCAUGUAUUUAUUCAUUUUUUGUUUGAUUAUAUUUUUGUAAGUUUAGUAAAUAUUCUUCUGUCGGAUUAAGUACGGCUUCUACUGCACAUCGGAUUGAGUUGAUUUUCUUAUGCGCAUUAGAUUGAGUCGAUAUUUUGUAAUGCUAAAUCUCAUUUGUCAUUAAGUAUUUCCCAAUAAUCGUGAUUCACCGUCAACUAUAAGUUACCGUUAAAAUUGCGCAAAACAGAGCAGAGUAUAUUUUCUUUCUUUAAAGAUCUGUCCAGCUUGUAUCAGCUGCAUCUUGUGAUCAAUGUCUUAUAAACUACAGAAAUAAAACAACGUAAAGCCGAAUCACGCCUUCUUCCUUGAUGCCCGGUUACAAUAUGGAGCUGCGAGGAAAAAAAAAAAGAUCAUAUCCAGACAUUGACGACCCUGGAGUUUAUUUUCCAAAGAUAGCACAAAAUGCAAUUAAGAUCUUUCGUGAAAAAUCUACCCUAGGAAUUUGUAAAUCCGCUGUGAGUACUUCUCCCAUUGAAGUUACAAGGUAUUUAAAGUCCGAUGCUUAUACGGGGGCAGUGAAAAGAUUCCAUAGUGAGUAGUUGUACCUGUUUUUUUCAACGCGAAGAAAGCAGACCUACCAGAUCGAGUCCAUGAACUGGAAAUGGAAUUGUUGGAGGUGAAAAACAAUUCAAAACCAAAUUUUCGACACGGUACAUCCGUUUUGAAGGUCAUCUCCGAGGACCAGUGAAUUUCACAACUGAUGCCGAGCGUUUGGCGAUGGAACUGUCACUACCUGUUACAAUUCAGGUCUGUCGCGGCCGGGAUUCGAACCCUGGCCUUCCGCAUGCGAGGCGAACGAUCUAACCUCUAGACCACCGUGGCGGCUAUUGGAAUUGAUGCUCAGUAUCAUGGACGUUUCUUAAAAGGUGUGGUUUCCUGAUAGUUAAAGGCUCUAGUGAUGAAUCUACAAGGAAGCGUAAAGAAGCAAUUCCUGAAAUUAUAGGUAUGAAGUUAACUAAGAACAUACUCCAAGUAUGCAGGGAUAUAAUAUUUACCAGUGACCUUGUCGGUAACAGUGUUUACGGAGAACAGAGUGUUCGAUAACUUUGUUCAUGGAUUCGCUCGAGUAACCGGGACACUGCCUGCACGUAUUCUAGCCAAUACCACUAUUAUUAUUCAAUGUGCUGCAUGGACGACGAAUUGAUGGUGACAUUGUUGUAAAUCCUUUGUCCAUUGGAGCGCACCUACAUAGACAUUCCGGACAACACAUACCCGUAAUAUCGCAAACAAAGGAAAAAUCUGAGUUAGAGUUGCAAAUAUUAGUGAUGAGGAUAUUUUUCACUAAACCAUGCACUAGAAUUGGUACUGUGUCUAAAUGUGAAGUUGAGCUUGACAAUUACUGCAAACUUUGUGCUAGAUGAUAUUUAUCAGAAGAAAGAGAAUUUAGCAAAUAAAUAUGUGUACUUGA